GUCGUCGGACCUGUAGACGGAAGCGACGUCUUGUUGCCACGUCGGAGCAGUUGAGCUGGUGAACUCAUUCAGGAGAGAAAAAGGGAUACUUCUAUACAUUUAUAUAUACUUCUAUACAUUUAUAUAUACUUAUAUACUUAUAUAUAUUUAUAUAUACUUAUAUACAUUUAUAUUCAGCAGUCAUGGUUUCUGUCAUCAACACGGUGGACACCUCUCACGAGGACAUGAUCCACGAUGCCCAGAUGGACUACUACGGGACUCGCCUCGCCACCUGCUCCUCCGAUCGCACCGUGAAGAUCUUUGAUGUGAGAAACGGAGGGCAGAUCCUGGUCGCCGACCUCAGAGGCCACGAGGGUCCGGUGUGGCAGGUGGCGUGGGCUCACCCGAUGUUCGGCAACAUUCUGGCUUCCUGUUCCUACGACCGUAAAGUCAUCAUCUGGAAGGAGGAGAACGGAUCCUGGGACAAGAUGUAUGAGUACUGUGGACACGAGUCAUCAGUGAACUCCGUCUGCUGGGGUCCUUAUGACUUCGGUCUGAUUCUGGCCUGCGGCAGCUCAGACGGAGCCAUUUCCCUCCUCACGUUUACUGGUGAUCAGCAGUGGGACGUCAAGAAGAUCAGCAACGCACACACUAUCGGCUGUAACGCGGUGAGUUGGGCUCCUGCCGUCGUUCCCGGCAGCCUGAUCGAUCAGCCGUCGGGUCAGAAACCAAACUGUGUGAAACGCUUCGUCUCUGGAGGCUGCGACAACCUGGUCAAACUCUGGAAAGAGGAGGACGGUCAGUGGAAGGAGGACCAGAAGCUGGAGGCUCACAGUGAUUGGGUGAGAGACGUCGGCUGGGCUCCUUCUAUUGGUCUCCCCACCAGCACCAUCGCCAGCUGCUCUCAGGACGGACGUGUCUUCAUCUGGACGUGUGACGACCCGGCGGGCAACACCUGGACGGCCAAACUGCUCCAUAAGUUCAACGACGUGGUUUGGCACGUCAGCUGGUCCAUCACUGGAAACAUUCUGGCUGUUUCUGGAGGAGACAACAAGGUGACGCUGUGGAAGGAGUCGAUGGACGGUCAGUGGGCGUGUAUCAGUGACGUCAGCAAAGGCCAGGGCGCCGUCUCCACCAUCACAGACACGCAGCAGAUCGAGCAGUGACACGUUCUGACCUUUGACCCCCGACUGGACCCGGAUGACCCCGCUCUUUAAAAGAUGACCUCAUGACCCCGCCGGACGACGUCCUCGCCGACUGAGCUCCUUCUGUAACGCUGAUGUUCGGCUGUGUGAUGAUGACAUCAUGAGUUCUGUACAGAUGUUCCUAAAGUUCAUCAGACUGAUAAUUAACAUAAACAUUGUUUUAAUUAGAUGCACUCCACCGAGUCUCCACAUGUACAUUCACAUAACUUAUCCCGUCCCAUGAUGCUUUGCUCCUGAAACAUUCCACCUCCACCAGCGGAGAACGAACCCAUCGAGCAUCUCGGGCAGCAAAUAAAUAAAACGUUUCUCUCCAUAAAAGUUAAUAAACUUCGUUCUCUGCUCUGGGAUCAGAUCCUCGUGUCGUCACGGUGAUAAAGAAAUGAUCCGACUGGUUCAGUAAACUUAACAAGUUAAUAAAUGAUUUAUUGAGUAAACUAUUGAUUCACAUUCUUUUCCACACACGAGGCUGGUCGUGACCUGAACCGGCCUUAAUGAAUCCUAAUGAGACGACCCUGAAUGAGGAACAGUUUCAGUUGUGAGAUCAGAAAACCACGGAUGAGUUUUUCAUAUUUGAUGUAAUUAAAUAACCUUAAUGUUAAAAACAAA